CAGUGCAGGUGAUGCUACCGAGCUCAAGUGGGAGUUCGACGAAGACCUUGGUUGUUAUUAUGUGUCUUUUACAGAUGAUCAAUAGUGGAGCCCAGUUGGGACGAUCGGGGAUCUAGCGUUUGGGGUUUAUCUUCCUUUUCAUUUGGAUUUGACUGUACUCGGUCUAUGAGUGUAUCUGGAUGAUGCAUGAAUUAUUUAUGUAUUGUGUGACGUGGCGAGUGUAAGCCAACUCUAUUUAUCCAUGUCUUAUUCAUUACAUGGGAUGUUUGUGAAGAUGACCCUUCUUGCGACAAAACCACUAUGCGGUUAUGCCUCUAAGUCGUGCCUCGACAUGUGGGAGAUAUAGCCGCAUCGUGGGCGUUAUAAUAGGUUGUACCUAUCUUUUUGUUAGUGUGGUUUAAUUCCUUGUAUUUAUUGUUGCUAAUAAUAGCAUUGUUUUUUGCUUCAUUACUAUGAAUCAGGGUCCUGUUGUUGGCGACGAGCCUUGUUCGACCAUUGGUGAUGUUCCUUUGAAUUUUAGUACCAGCAAGAUCGAUGAUGUUGUUGUGAAUGCUACUAAGAUGACUGAUGUUGAGCGUGAGGCUGCCGUUAGUGGUGGAGAUGAUUCUUGUGGUGUUCCAUUGAGUAGUGGGCGCGAUGUUGGUACCAAAGUUGCUGAUGAGGAUGUUGGUGCUGCCAGCAUACUUGAUGCCAAAUCGUCUGGUGUUGGUAUUGCUGGGAAUGAAAAUCUUUCUGAUUGUGAAGAUUUGCUGCUGAAAAAUUUCCCACCUGAAGGGCUUGAUUACGGUGAUGCAUUGCAAGAUGCCUCUAGCGUGGAGGAGGUGCCAUCUGAGGAUGGUGAUUUACUUCUGUCGAUUUCUUCUAGCCCCUUGAUGCAGGAGGUGCUCCUAUCGUCCCAUGAUUUUUCUUCAGACCCUGAAAGCACAGCCAUAUUGCUGUCCUCACAAUAUCUUCCAUCGUCAAACCCUGAAACUGGAGGUAUAUUGGUGUCAUCAUAGGAACUCCCGUCGUCAAACGCUGAGAGUGCAGAAGGUGCUAAUGUUGCUAAGGUUGAUUUGUUUUUCUUCGCUAUUACGAGGUUGCACAUGAACCGUGGGAAACGUGACAAGCCGAUGUUUCAAAAUAGCGAAUGUGAUGCCAGUGUUGGUUCUAUUGCUAAAGCAUUUGUCCCCACUGGCAUGCUCAACUCAGACAGUGCUCGUGUUGUUUUAUAUUCUCUAUGUCAGAAGUACCUUGACACUGACAAGUUGAUAGUUCCCAGAUGGGUGAUGACCAAGAUCCAUGAUGGGAAUAUUGCUGCCAAUGUGCUACAGUGGUUCAUGGGAACAGGGGCUGAUGGUUUUGACCAAAUUCUUUUCCCUACUUUUGAUCCGCCGUCAUUUGUGGCUGCCAUGAAGCCUAGUGAAGAAUCUGGGCAUUGGUGCUUGAUUGUUCUGAAUUUGAGGUUUCGUCAUUUUGAGUGUCUUGAUUCACUCCACGAUGAAAGUUGGAGUGACGCAGUUAGAUUCUUUAGGACUAUGACAGAUAACAUAAAGAAGCUUUGGAGGGAGUCCAGCGUAUACAAGGCCAAACUGUUCUCGCCGGCGCAUAUUGAUGGUUUCUCUUGCGAGUUUGUGCGGGUGCCGCGGAAGCAAAACACGUGAGUAUCCGUUUUUAUUGAUUUUUUUAGUUGUUUUUGUUGCUGGGAGGAUGGUGUUCCUGUAUUUUCAAUUUUUUUGUUGUGUUCCUGUAUUUCGAAUUUGUGAUGUAUGUCGGCGUCCUGCGAACGGAGGUACCUAGACUUGCCUGCCUGCGGCCCAGGGCGUGGCUCCACCAACAGCCUGGUAGAGCCCAUCUUCACCAGCAACCACUCAAGACCCUCGCGAGGGUCCAAGCCUUGCGAGGAGGACGACACCAAGACCUCCUAUGGGGCGGCCUCGCUAGGCUGGCUCCCAAGGAGCGGAGAUAUCAAUGCCAGGGGCACCUCGCGAGGUCUGCACGACGUGAUCCAUGAAGACCAAGGCAAGGUGGGCACCAGCGGGCGCAGGGUACCUGUUUCCUCUUUGGUGCUAAAGGGGCAAGCACAUGCGAGGAGUCCCGAGGCGUCAGGCAAAGGUUUCCAUAUCAGUGCAACAAGACCAAGACCAGCAGGACGAUAGGACGGAGGUCACCGCAGAGCCCAUGGCGGCAUCACCACCAGAGCCUUUGGCAGGCGAAGACCACCUUUUGUCAGGAUAACUUGUACUAGUUGUCUCCCUUCAAAACUGUCCGUUGUGGGAUCCCUUCCCACCUAACAUUUGGGAAGAGGACCAGGGCCUCUAUAAAUAGGGCUAGCCACCACCAUUGCAAGGGGAGAACACAUUCGGACCAUCCUCAAACACCAGCUCAUCGAGCUCAAGAACACCUCUCCUCAGGAGGUUGUUCAUCCAUUGUACUGAUUCAUCCUCAGCCCACGAGGCAAUCCACCAUACCACACUGCAGUAGGUUAUUACACCAUAACGGUGGCCUAAACCAGUAUAAACCCGCGUGUCUCUUGUACCUUGGGUUUGUCGAGUUAGGCCUUGAGAUCGUUGCGAGAGCGAGGGAGAGAGAGAUCUUCAUGUGCACCCCAAUGUUCGAACCUCAAGGGUUUGCCAGAACCCAGAAUCCGACAUUUGGCGCGCCAGGUAGGGGUGCGCCGAAGCUUUCUUCUCCUUUGACCGACCCGCCAUUGCCCUGCGACUCCAAUGUCUGACAGCCUGAGGAACCAAGCCGACCACUAGGCGGCCUGGCCUGCCUGGGUGCCGCCAUCCACUCCAGAAGACCUCAACUCCGCGCUCCAGGCAGCCUGCGCGCCGCCUAACACCCACGGGCACAGGCAGCGCGGGCCGGCGCCCGCCACCCUCGCGCCGCGGCGCACGUGCGCAGCCAUGAGAUCCUCAUGUUAUGCUGCGAAAACGGCACCACACACCCGGCAGGAGCAGGCGAACAUGCGAGCCGCACUCAUCGUGGCACGGGAGCUGCUGCGGUGCAGGCUAGCGGAGAGCGGCCGUGAUGCACUGCUGGAGCGAGUCGCCAAGCUACUGGACGCCGCGUGCAGGGGUACGCCGCCUUUCUGCUCCUUGACCACACCCCAGGUCGUGGCAGAAGCAUGCGCGAGGCCUGGGCAAGCCCGCACACCCCCUCGGGCGUCAGGGGGAUCCGACGAUGUUGGCGCGGGUCCUGGCGCGGGCAGUCCUGCCGGAACUACACCAUCGCUAGUAGGGACAAGCACCGACGGCCCGCCGCGAGGACGUGCUAGGAUGCCACACGGCGGCCACCAGGGCUAAGCGCCGUGACUGGCGGCCCAAGGCGUGGGGCACCUGGGCAGCGGCUCUGGUGAGGUGAUCACGGACGCCUACGUGCCCCGCAUGGUGAACCCGGAAUACUUGCCGGGGGAAGGCCCCAAUCCGUUCCCCGGACCAGGAUGGGCGGCUAGAGGGCCUGAAGCACAGGUCUUCCCCGAGCCGCCCGGAGGCUUCGCCGACGCCCUUCAGCGACGACGACGGCGGGGUACAGUCAAUAUUUUAGGAGCAAGCUUAUGCUAACACCGAACUGUAGGAGAA